UGACGUUUACCGCAUCUAAUGUUCCCAAAUAAUGAAAAUAAACGAUCUUUUUUAUUUUACCGAACAAAAUAAGCAAAGUUGAUACAGCAGAAUGACGUUCCAGGGAUCAUUUGAACAAUUCUUUAAACCGCCAAAGAAAAAGACAAUCAAUGACCAGUUCUCACUGCCUGAACGUAAAGCGAAAGUUAACCAGCUGGUGAAGACGAUUGAAAAUGUGGACGAUCCUGACACACGAUACUGCAUCUGUCGAUCCACGGAUGGCACACGUUUCAUGAUAGCGUGUGACAACUGUGAGGAAUGGUACCAUGGCGACUGUAUCGGCAUCACGGAGACUGAUGCCAACGACAUCAAGCAGUACUACUGUGGAAGAUGUAGAGCGAAAGAUCCGAGCCUUAAGACGAGGUACAAGCACAAGAAGGUGAAAGAAAAGACGGAAAAGAAGAUGGAGAAGCUGCUGAAACCGGAGAAACUGGACAUGGAGGCACUUCAGUAUAAGGGGAAACUACGUGAACCAGAGUUUACAGAUGACAAGGGGAAGAAGAAUACCCGUCGCUGUGGGGAGUGUCCCGCGUGUCACAGGAACGAGGAUUGUGGGAGAUGUGACUUCUGUAAGGACAUGAAGAAGUUUGGCGGACCAAACAGAAUCAGACAGAAGUGUCGGCUGAGACAGUGCAGUAACUUUAUUUCAGUUGCUGGCAUGAAAACAAAAGGCCUCAUUACAAUCAAAGAAGGAAGUGAUUCCGUGGCCUCCCCUCACGUUGACACUGCCCAGUUCUCCUCGCCAGAUAGGCCCGAACCUAUAGUAAGAAAAGAACAUACCAGCUCCAUAGAAAAAAGUGACAAGAAGCGUAAAAAGAAAGAAGGGAGAGAUGACACACCCAGAAAGAAAUACAAGGACAAGAAAUCACCUACCAAGAAAAAACAGAAGAGUCACCAGCAUAAGGGAGACCACUCUCACCGUUACCGACAGGAAGUUGAUGAGGUUGAAGAGCUUCAGGAUGAUAUGCCACACCAAUGUCUCGGGCCGAGCUGUAUGAACCACACACGACAGGGAUCAAAGUAUUGCUCGGAUGAAUGCGGCAUGAAACUAGCAAAAAGUCGAAUCUACGAACUUCUGCCUCCCAAGAUCCAACAGUGGCAGAGCAGCCCGUGUGUAGCCGAGGAGCGAAAUCGACGCACGCUUGAUAAAAUCCGACGGGAACAGAUGGAGGCUCGACAGAGACUAAUGGAGCUUGAUAUGAAACAUAAGGAGCUUGAUGCCCUUGUUGAGAAUGCGAAACACGUAAAGGCAGAAUCGGAUAACGAACAGGCUUCUGAAACGGAGGAUGACACGGAGUACAACCUGUUCUGUGUAACGUGUGGCCACGAAAUCAGCCAGAAGACUGCUCUUAAACAUCUCGAGAAGUGCUUUGCAAAGUUUGAAGCCCAGACCUCAUUUGGCUCAAUAUACAAGACGCGUAUCGAGGGCAGCUCCAUGUUCUGUGACUUCUACAACAGCCAGUCUCGGACCUACUGUAAACGCCUCAAGGUCCUCUGUCCAGAACAUACCAAGGAACCUCGGGUAAGCGCAGAGGAAGUUUGUGGGUGUCCACUAGUCACCGAUGUGUUUGAGGAGUCGGAGGAAAUUUGUCGCACAGCAAAGAGAAGAUGCAACAAACACCAUUGCUGGGAGAAAUGUCGCCGUGCUCAGGUCGAUAUGGAGCGAGUUAGACAGUGGAUGAAAAUAGAUGAGCUAUUCGAGCAGGAACGAAAUGUCCGGUUUGCCCUUUCCAACCGUAUGGGCGUACUGGGCCUUAUGUUACAUCAGACGGUGGACCAUAAUCCUCUUUAUCCAAUCAGUGUGCCAGAUAUUGACUGAGUGGCUGUGCCAAGUGUGCCCGAUAUUGACCUUGUGGGUGUGCCAGAUAUUGACUGAGUGGCUCUGCCAAGUGUGCCCGAUAUUGACCUAGGUGUGCUUUGUGACAUGACUAUGGUUGAAGUGUGCCGUUCAUUUACAGAGGCAGGUAGUCUCUCAUAUGCCAAGUGCUUUUUGUUGUCCAAGUGUGCUGUAAAUUCAUAGAUGUGAUUUGAAUAGAGUUUUCCGUGGAUCUAGAGGCUUCAGGGACCAAACAAAAAACAUGCCAAUUUUGCUUCUGCUACAGGGGGCUUCAACCCAUUUGACCCUCCUUGGGGGGCUAAAAGAGCCCCUACAAUCCAUCAGCCCUUCUGCUGCCAGGUCAAUCACACCCCUGAUAUUGAUAUGACGAUUAUUAUCUACUUUGUUUAUCAAAAGAACAUAGUGAACCCAAGUCUAUGUGGAUUUGUCUAAGGUCUCUCCAUUGGUUUCACAGUUAUGUGUAUUGACUGAGGGUGGGAGGGAGUCGCCAGGGACUAUUCACCAGGACAAUUAGCUUUACAAAUAAAUUAAAAUGUCAAUAACGCAGUCAAAAUAUCACUCAGAAACAUGAUUUAAUGAAUCCUGAGAUUCACAUUAUAUAACAAUUAGAAAAAAUGUUUUGGGGAAAAUAACAGGUUCUGGCCCUUUGGGAAGUAGCCAGGUAUUGGCUACAGCAAAGAAGGGUAGAAAGGCCCUGAUCGCUGCAAUGUGGUUUGAGGACUUCACUAAAUCAUGAUUUGUCAACUUUCAUUGGGGUAGGGGAGGGAAAGAUUUUCUUCUGAUGGGCUUCUAAUAUAUCUUAACUAUGAGAUGAAAAAUGAAUUUAAAUAAAAAAAAAAAUGGAAAGACUGUCAUAACCUUUUUAGCUCGUUUGAAAGAUAUCUUUCAAGGUUUUCCACUUAAAAAGAUCCCAUGAGAUGGAAAACUAAAUGUUUAAAAUGAUUAAAAAUAAUACAAAGAAAACUGCAGUGACAAGGCUAGUAGUGGAAAAAACAUUAAUCCUGUUUAUAGACAAGAGAAACAAAUGUAUAAACAACACCACAAACAGACCAUGAUAAGCCUUGAUAAAUCUUAACUGCAGUUUAUGUGGUUAUGUGAUGUGUUGUUUUUUUUCUGUUAAAGUGCUGUUGUAUGCACCUUUUAAAGAAUUGUUUUCUUAUUUAUCACCACAGAAGGAUUAAUAAAUCAUAAUUUAUAUACUGUUGUACAAGUGAAGAUGAUUCUAAUCAUUUUCAGCUUGUCUGAUUUUGUGUGUGUUUUUCACAUUCUGAUAUUGUCAUAGCCCUGAUGUCUGUGCCAUGUAAAAAAAUUAACCUUGAUAAAAAUUGUAGCUGAAAAAGAAAAUGCUGAAAAUAGCGACAUGAAACUUGGUACAUAUGCUUACAAUUAAAAUUGGCAUAUAACUAGUAACUUUCAAAAUUCUGGGUGAUAUUUCUGAAACUGAAAGGAAACAAUAAAAAACAGGUGAGCGUUGACAUCUGCUAAUGGUUCUCUUGAGUCUUGUUAAUUCCUCCUUUUUGUGAGAUAGUGCAAAAGGUUUUUCCUCUUUUUUUGAAAUAGUGUAAUGGUCACCUGAAUUGCAUUUCAGUGCCUUUUCUGGCAUUUUUUAUGCAAAUUUCCCGACAGGUCUGUAAUAUACGAGAUCGUUUGUGUCACCCUUGGCUGCGAGGCCUGUUCUUGUAUUUUUUUUCGACAUGUUCAUUGACCAUGUUGACGCAAAUGAGGAGCCUAUCUUGCUAUGCCUUGCAUUUUUUUUCUUUUUUUAGCUCACCUGAGUGUAAAGUGUUUGUUGUGAGCUAUUGUAAAUAUUCAGAGCAGGUUGCUUAGUAACAUUUCCUUCAUAGAUCAAUGGCAACAUCAACCACACUUAGUUAUGUUCUGUACUUAAGCAACAAUCUGAAUCUAUGUCUAGAGGCGAUGCUUUCAGCUUACAUGUGGUUGCAUAGAAUUUUGUUGUAUUUUAAAAUCGUGCAAAAAUGAAGUGUUAAGCAACUCAAUGCUGUUUUCUAUGUGCAUCAACAUUUUGUUUUUAGACACACAAAAUAAUGUCGAAAACAGUUUCUAUCUAGAUAUACAGUAAGUAGAAUGCCGGUUUGGGCUUUCUAUUUAAUAGCAAUGAUAAACCAGGUGAGCACGUACUUGCCAUUGUCUUUAUGGGUAUUUAUCAGUUUCGUUGAUUUGUUCUUAUUUAUAAAAGAACGUCCAUUAUGUAUGUAUGAAAAUAAUUUAUAAUACAUAAUUUGUAACACAUAUACGAUGUUCAAGUUGUUUUUGCAUUAUUUCAGUUUGUGAAUUGUUUGUAUACAAACCAUAUGAGGACAAAAGUUCUUGGGCGGUAUUCAUAAGACAUCUUAAGUUAUAUCCUUACUGAAGUUAUUUUCUUAAAUAUCUCACUUACAGUAUGAUAUAAUUUCUUCAUAAUAUCUGAAAUACUCUAUUAUCAUUGAUUUGAUUCAAAAUACACAUUUCAUGUUAAAAACACUUCAGAUGUUUUUUGAAUACCAGCCUGCACCAUUUGUUUGAAGUCAAUAUCAUUUCAUUCUAAAUUCAACUGUUUCUUUGUAAAAAUGAAAAACAAACCAUUAUAUGCGUUGUACAAAUUUUUGAUUGGUCCUUGUGGCUUUAUUGAUCUUUUUUUGAUUAUGCUUAAAAAGGUAAAAAACACUGAAUAAGAGCCUUAGUUGAAAAUUUUAAUUCUAUGAAAAUAUUCACUAACUUCAAUGCUUCAAAACGUUUCCCACCUGCCAUAUCACGGUCAUAGACAUGUUAUGUUGUGGCUGUGGACAUUCAAGGCCCUUGGUACAUCACACACCUCUUACUGCUGUCAAAUGGCGUGAACAGUAACAGUUUUUGUUUUUAUUUAUCCUAACAUUAAAUUUGCAUUAAACAAAUUGCGGCCUUGUGAGCAACACACAUGAAACUAUUGAAAUUAAUACAUUUGUAUUCUCAUGAGAGGAUACUUGACAAAUUGAGCCUGCCCAUGAUAAAUCAUCUUUAAUAUUAGAGCAGUGCUUCAUCUUGUUCAAACAAAUAAAAUUGCAACUCGUGUUUGGAGGUCCCUUGGUUCAGACAAUAUUAACAUUGAAAACCAAUGCAGAACGUUUGUCCUGGUGUAUUUUGUUUUGGUUGCAAUGUUUUUCUCAAGUAACGAUAUACAUGCACACUUGUACAUCAUGAAGCAUUUGACAUAUAUUUAUGAAAUCUUUUCUCAACCAAAAUGUGAAUACUUUGUAUAAUAAAUUAUAAAAUGUG